GCGCAUUUGUCGGUGAACCGAAUAUCACCUAGUUCGUACUUAUCUGUCAAGUGUGCCCAUCAGAGGAGCUCAGAAAGUUGAUUUUGCUUCUUUCAAGGAAGAAGAGAAGUCCAUGAUAAUGAAUGAGAUGGAGGAGUGGGGAAGAAUAAUAAGAAAUAGGUCAGAGGUCAUCCUAAAUUUCUUCUGCCAGAGAAUGAAGUGGUGUUUAUACUGAUAAGGCAUUAAAUCUCAUUUUUAGUAUCGGAGCAUUUCUUGUCAUCGUACGAAAUUGACUGCACUGAAGAUAUCAAAAAACAGAUGGUGCAGUGUAUGGGCUCCUUCCAAGAUGGAGUUGCUGAAAAAUGUGUCGAAUAUUUUCAAAGAUAUCGUCGGUCCACCCACGUGACUCCCAAGUCUUAUUUGUCCUUUAUUCAGGGAUAUAAAGCUAUAUACAAAGAAAAACAUGCUGAGGUACAGACCUUAGCCCACAGAAUGAAUACUGGGCUGGAGAAACUGAAAGAGGCUUCUGAAUCUGUAGCAGCUUUGAGUAAAGAGCUGGAAGCCAAAGAGAAAGAACUUAAAAUUGCCAAUGAAAAAGCUGAUAUGGUAAAGUCCAGUGUGUUUAUUUCAACUCUUUUACUAAUGGGAAAAACUGGAAGAAAAUUAGUUAGUAGACUUCUCCUAAUUGGUGCCCUUCUACACAUGUUAACUCUCUAAAUUUCAGUUACGAUAAGCUAAAAUUCUUGGUAUUGUUGGUCAUAAAAAGGCCACAUCAUAUAACAUGCAGAGAGCCGAGGUGGCGCAGUGGUUAGGG